GUAGGAAAUCUUUAUUUGAGAGGUGGUGUUGUGGCUGGUCCGCUGAAUUGUCAGAGAAGUGUUUAGAAAAAUGUCUGCUAGUUACGAAGGAUACAAGUCUCCUCUGAGCACACGAUAUGCCAGCAAGGAGAUGCAGUUUCUGUUCAGUGACCAGAACAAGUUCUCGACCUGGCGACAACUGUGGGUUUGGCUAGCCAAGGCGGAGCAUUCACUUGGCCUCGACAUUACCGAAGAGCAGAUAGCUCAGAUGGAGCAACACAUGAAGGACAUAGACUUCGAAGCGGCAGCCGCCGAGGAGCGUCUCACCAGGCAUGAUGUCAUGGCGCACGUACACGUUUUUGCCAAGCAAUGCCCGGUUGCUGCACCGGUCAUCCACCUGGGUGCCACCUCCUGCUACGUAGGCGACAACACAGAUCUCAUUGUACUGCGCGAUGCACUGAAACUGCUGCUGCCGCGCGUGGCUACCGUUGUGGGACGCCUGCAACAAUUCGCAGAGACAUACAAGGCUCUGCCGACCCUGGGAUUCACGCAUCUGCAGCCGGCUCAGCUAACUACAGUUGGCAAACGCGCCUGCCUGUGGAUCCAGGACCUGCUCAUGGACGAGCGUGCGCUGCGUCGCUGUCUUGAGGAUCUUCGCUUUCGCGGUGUAAAGGGCACCACGGGCACGCAAGCUUCAUUCCUCGAGCUCUUCAACGGGGACAGCCAGAAGGUGAAGCAACUGGACAAGCUGGUCACCCAGCUGGCGGGCUUCAGUAAGCCGUACGCCGUCACCGGGCAAACGUAUUCCCGCAAAGUGGACGUCGAGGUGAUGGCGGCUCUGGCCAGCCUGGGCACUACUAUUCAUAAGAUGUGCUCGGACCUGCGCAUUCUUGCCUCACGCAAGGAGUUGGAGGAGCCAUUCGAGAGCACUCAGAUUGGCUCAUCGGCGAUGCCCUAUAAACGCAACCCGAUGCGCUCGGAGCGCUGCUGCGCCCUAGCUCGUCAUCUGAUCACAUUGUUUAGCAAUGCCGCAAAUACGCACGCCACGCAGUGGCUGGAGCGCACUCUGGAUGACUCGGCCAAUAGGCGACUGACCUUGUCGGAGGGCUUCUUGGCUGCUGAUGCAGCUCUGCUCACGCUGCUGAAUAUCUCCCAAGGCCUGGUGGUCUAUCCGAAGGUCAUAGAGCGACACAUUGCCCAGGAGCUGCCCUUUAUGUCCACGGAGAACAUUAUCAUGGCAAUGGUGAAAGCCGGCGGAGACCGCCAAGUGUGCCACGAGAAGAUCCGAGUUCUGUCCCAAGAGGCCGGUGCUCAGGUUAAGCAGUAUGGCAAGGACAAUGAUCUGAUAAGCCGCGUGCGCAACGAUGCCUACUUUGCACCCAUUCUCGAUCAGCUGGACCACAUACUGGACGCGCGCACCUUCACGGGUCGUGCCAGCGAGCAGGUGGACGAAUUCAUUGCCGAGGAGGUCCAGCCCGUGCUGGCCCGCUACAGUGACGCCCUGAAGAGCGUCCAGGAUGUCCAGCUCAAUAUCUAAUACAAGCAUAAGCAACUAUUGCAUCAUUUAUUAGGCCUUUAAGCUCAAAGCACAAAUACAUUCGCAUAUUAUAUUA